AUGGCUUCUUCGUUCCCACCUCCGCCUGUCAACACCAUUGACUGGGAUGACAUUGGAUUUAAAGUCCGUGAAGUCAACGGUCACAUCGAAUCAUCGUACUCCGUGAAGACUGGAAAAUGGACUCCACCCAAAUUUGUUCAAGACCCUUUCCUCCGACUUCAUGGCAUGGCUCCUGGCUUGAACUACGGCAUGCAAUGCUAUGAAGGACUCAAGGCUUCUCGAGGACCAGGCGACAACACCAUUGGCAUAUUCAGACCCCAGCAGAAUGCUGAACGCAUGCAACAUUCGGCUUCCUUCGUCAGCAUGCCUGAAGUCCCUGUCGAGCUGUUCAAGCAGUCUGUUCACUUGGCUGUGAGCCUCAACGCUGAGUUCGUGCCACCACAUCGAACUGGUGCUAGCAUGUACAUCCGACCACUUAUCUUCGGAUCCUGCGCUCAGCUUGGUCUCGACCCACCGGAAGAGUACAUGUUCGUUGUGUAUGUCAUGCCAACUGGUGUCUACCACGGCGUGCAUCCGGUUGCAGCCCUCAUCUUGGAAGACUUUGAUCGUGCAGCACCUGAGGGUACUGGAAGUGCCAAGAUUGGUGGCAACUACGCCCCAGUCUUGAGACAUAGUGGCAAGGCAAAGAAGGAAGGGUUCGGCAUUACUCUCCACUUGGACAGCAGGACGCGGACUGAGAUCGACGAGUUCUCGACUUCUGGCUUCAUUGGAAUUCACGGCUCACCAGAGGAAGGUUGCACGAUCGUUGUACCAGACAGCAAGAGCGUCAUCAAGUCUGUCACCAGCGAUAGCAUCUGCCAGAUUGCCAAGAGCUGGGGAUGGAAGGUUGAGCAGCGACCAAUCAAGUAUGAAGAGCUGCCGAGUUUCACAGAAGUUGCUGCUGCGGGCACUGCCGCCGCGCUCGUGCCUAUCAAGAGCAUCACCAUGCGAUCCAAGAACGACACCUUCAAGUACCGAGGUGGAGGCGAUGAGCCAGGACCCGCUGUCAUCAAGCUUCUGGGCCAGCUGAAGGGCCUACAGCAAGGCAAAGUCAAGGACGAAUUUGGUUGGGUGGAAUCAGUACGGCAGUACAAGCCUGACGAGUAUGCACGGGACGGUGGUGCAACGAACGGGGUCAACGGAACGACGCCAAACGAGCUUCCAUGA